GAUGUGAGGGGCGGGGCUUCAGCUUUUCAGCUUUUUGAGUACGUAGACAGAUCGUGAUUCUCUCACAGUUCGUCAGCGUCCGCAGGAAAAACAGCUGGACCCGAGCAUCGUCCGAACAUUGUCCCAACAUCGUCCGAACAUCGGUGAAAGUCCUGAAGCAAGAUGGUGGCCAAACAGAGGAUCCGCAUGGCGAACGAGAAACACAGUAAAAACAUCACUCAGCGAGGAAACGUGGCCAAGUCAACGAGGAACGUCUCUGAAGAUAAAGGGGUGGGCCCCUGGCUUCUCGCUCUCUUCAUCUUCGUUGUCUGUGGCUCAGCCAUUUUCCAGAUCAUCCAGAGCAUCCGGAUGGGCAUGUAGAGUGAUGUCACCAGCAGGGGGUGGGGCCACGACAGUGAGCAACUGAAGAUGAAGGAGCCGCAAACACCAACAUCAUCAGAUGGGUCGUCGUGUUCCCACCCCGAGUUCAUCCAAACAAACAUUCCUGUACUCUCCGACCAAACCAAUCCUGAGGACCAGCCCCGCCCCCCGGCCUGCGUCUCUACCGUUAUCUUUGUUGAUUUAAUGUGUCGCCGCCCGCUGACCUUCUCAGUGUUUCUCUGCCUGUAAGCAGCCACACACGUGCCUUUCUUCUGUUUACCUGUGCUGUAGCCCCACCCCCUCUGAUUACACCUUAUCAGUGCCACAAAAGAGGGGGUGAGGGGGGGCACAUUUUAUAACAGACCAGAAUAAAUGAAUCUUUGUGUGUUCGAGUCUGAGCUGAUCUCAGGUCUGUCGUCCUCCUCAUCUUCAUCACGGCUCUGAGGAUGAAGAUGAGGACGACGACAUGAUGAAGGUCUUUUGAAUCAGAAGGUUGGAGGUGAUGACAGGUGUGUGUCUGCACCGUGUGCAGCCUCACCUGAACAGUUGUGUUCACACAAUAAAGUUUGAUUUUGAAGAUGGAA